ACCAGUGCUCUGCUGCUGACAGUAUGCUAUGGCAAGUGGCAAAUGUGUAUAUUUGUGUGUCCUAUAUGCAUAUAUUCUCAGUGUUCUCAGUACAGUGAGUAGAAUAGUAGAAGCAAUUGUACGCGUUCGGUCUUCGGUCAGUUGGGUGUAAUUGCAGUAGUUGCACGCCCGUCCCGUGUUGGUAUGGGUAAAAAAAAAAAAAACAGAGAGCGAGGCAGCGAGCGAGAGAGCAGGGCGUGACGAACGUCAUUCCUUCUCGUAAUACACAGUACUUAUAAAAAGUACAAGAACUUGCAUUACAGCUCGCAAUAGUGUGCAUCUUAAGGAGCUCAAUCAUCACCAUCAUCAUCUCGUCAUACACUCUCUCGAUAUCGUCGUGUACGUAUGUACGUUACAUGCACUCUUAGGUACGCCUGUUGAUCGUCCAACCGAUUUAUUUUAUCAUUCUAAUCAUAUCGUGUGUGCGCGUUUGUAGUCCUAUCGCAUGAGGUAAUUGUCAUUGGGGUGCGCUAACAGGUGUGGCGGGAGUAAGUUGAUAAAACAACAGGAAUAUUGACUUAUCUCUGGCAUUCUUGUGAGAUGCUGUGGGAUCCGAACAACUGCAGUGCAGCGGAUGAAAUAUAUUCACUUGAAAGCUAAGUAGCAAACACGUACACGUACGUCUCCAAAAUCAAGUGUAGUGAUGAGGAGUGCCGCGCCUUCAGCACCAUCAGCAUCAGGAUCGCGGCAUUGUUAUUUAUGUGCGAGUCAUGCAGCAGAGCACGACGAGGGGAACGACAAGCGAGCGCGUCAGACUGCGGGUACUCUAUGACUUUGAGUACGAGACCCGGGGCAAACGGGUGCGCAUAAUAAAGGACGAGCGGCUGGUACUCCUCCACAAGACUAACGACGACUGGUGGCAGGUCGUCAGGCCAGCCGAUCUAGUCGGCAGCAGCAACUUCUUCGUGCCCGAGCAGAUCACCUUUUACGUGCCCACGGGCUACGUCGUCGAGGCACCUCCGGAGGAUAUCCUACCGGAGAGCACGAGGUUUUACGUCGACAAGGACAAGAUGUUUAGCAAGUCCCCGCCUACCUCCUCCUCCACUGUCUUGCCGAAUGACCAGCAACAACAACAACACCAUGGGACUGUCAGUAGCAGCUGUAGCAGCAGUAGCAACAACAGCAGUAUAAGUGGCGGUAAUGCAACUACAGCCCAGCAACAUUCCAGCAGCGAUGAGCCCAACAAGGAGCCAAGCAGCAGCAGUACGAGGAAGGCCCACGACUCCUUCAGGAGCGUCAUGAAAAAGUUGUCCGGCAACCUGACCGGCUCCUCCCACGGUAGCGACGUCAACAAGUCCAAGCCUCCAAAGGUUGUCAAAAGCCAGAGAAAGAAGUCGGUGGACAACAGCACCGAGGAGACUUCCAGUAGCACGACGUCGAGCGGUGGAGUUGCGGGUGGAAGGUCGAUUUUAGGGGCCCUCGUGCCCUCAGCCAAGCACAAGGACGGCUCUGCUUUCGGCAUGUGCUUCGGCAGGGACAUGAAAAACACGGCGGCUGACGCGCAGCUGCUCAAUCCUUUUCAAGAGGAAUUGGCAAACAAAGUGAUUUUGAAAAAAACUAUCGUCUUAGACGCUAAGGUAGAUAAUACAGUAGGCAAUAACAACAACAAUAACAAUAACAACAGCAGUAGUAGUAGUAGUAGUGGUAAACACGUGGACCAAGUGGAGGAGACGGAGCAGAGCUCCAGCUUCGAGAACAUACAUAGCAAGUGGGAGAAGGUCUCGGGACACAUUUUUAAAAACAAACUUCACCCCGAGAUCGUGCCCAAGAGACCCAAUGCUGCUACUGCUGACAGUAACUUUCAGUUUGUGUCGUUGGCGAAAAUCAAAGAGGACGCGCAAAAGAGGCGGAGCGCCUCGCCGAAUUUACAAGGGAGUACAAACAGUAGUAGUAGUAGUAAUAAUAAUAACAGUAAUACUAAUAGUAAUAAUAGUAAUAAUAAUAAUGCCGUGGAAGUUAAACAACAGUCUGUGACGACGGUAAUCGGGAGCGUCGUCGACAGUAAGGGUCCAAGAAAGCUUUCACGGUCUUUGCCCGACCAAAAGUCCACAAGUGCCCUCGGUAAAUCCGUAGCUGCAGUUGUACGCGCUGCAGACACGGGCGAACCGGAAAAAUCACCCUGUGCCGAUAAACCUGUAGAUAAUGCACCAGCAACAGUACCCGAAAAACCUGUUCCCAGUAAGGAUCAGGAUAAAGAGUCACCGUCCAAGGAUAAAGACCGGCUCUUGAUAAACGACAAGAGAAAAAUGUGGGCCAUAGAGACCCUCAUGUCGGAAUUGAUGCAGUCGUCGUCCUCGAACUCCAAGGCCGCAGCAAGGAACGGGAGCGACGAGGAGAAGGGGGUCUCCGGACCCUGCCAACUGGCCCAGGAAUUGCACGAAAUGAAUAACUCGCGGCGCUUCGAGAACGCCGAGAUACAAGUAAAUCUCUUGGACCCAGAGCUAGAAUCGCAGAGUCACAACAACAACAACAACAACAACAACAACAACAACAACAACAACAACAACAACAACAACAUCGACAAGGACGAACAGCAAAGUACCAAAGACAACGAGCACCACACGGCAGUAAACGCGUACAAACGCAACAAGGUGUUUCACUUUCCGCCGCCACCGCGCUCUAGUAUGAUCAAAGCUCCGAAGAGCCCGACCGCGAGGUCGCCUAAGCUGCUGGACGAGUACAACGAGGCAAACAUCCUCAACGACAACGAGAAAACGUCCCGGAGUCAGCAGCAGCAGCAGCAGCAGCAACGUCACCGACACCAGCAGACGGACGAGGAGCCACCCUCGUACUCCAACAUCUCGCUGCGCGUGAGGCGCGACCGGGUGCCCUGUGCCCUCAAGAUGCCGAGCAAGGACUUUCGGGAGAAGAUACAGCUUACUCCGUCCCUCGAGAAGCUCGCCAGCGAGAUCAAGUUCCUGCCGGCCAACGCCGCCGCCGACGCCGAGAGACAACAGUCCGGUCUGGAUUUGGACUGCCCGACGACGACGCUCAGCCAGGACUCGCUGCGUCUCUACAAGCGCCGCUCCAAGAGCGACGGGGCGCUGAACAAGCGCGACCCGCGCCGCCGGGACAGCGUGGACCGAGUCCCGAGGCGGAACCCGAGUAGCGCGAGCCACAUGGAGAUAUUUGCGCCGUCGCAGGGGGGUCAGAGGGUCGCUCGGGAGGCACCGCUCGUGGUCGAGCGAAAGUACGCCCGCUGCAGUCUCGUCGUUCGCCAGGAGCCCGUCCAGGAUGGGCGCGCCGAGCGCUCGAGGUACAGCAAGCUCGAGCGCAAGUCGAGAAGCCUAGGAGAUCUAGACUGCUCGGACGAGAAGAAGGAGGACGAGGCUGACUCCCGGAGGAGGUACAAGCCCGUACCUAAGCUCAGGUCCAAGGAGUCGCUCAGGCGGAUCAAACAGUCCGCUCCCGAUCUCACGCCGGCAGCGAGUACCGAGCGUCUAAUCGGUCGGCCGAUUCCGGCCAAGCGGCGAAUCCAGCCGCAAAGCGCGCAUCAGCCAGCCAUGUGCGACAGCAGCCUCGACGAGCUCAGCGAAAUCGACAUCGAGCGCAGCACCGCGAUUGGCUUCAAAACCCUACUGCGCACGUCGGACAGCGGCAGCGAGGAGUUCCUGCAGUACAAAACCUUUCCCGCCUCCGGCAAGGCCCAGCUCCCGCAGCAGCAGCAGCAGCACUCGACUCCCAAGCAUCACAAUAUUUCGCUCUCCGACGGGAACGUCAAUGAUCUCAGUCGUAGCCUUUCGGACGAAAUGAUCCUUAGUUCAACGUCUUGCUCCUCGGCUAGUCCGUCACGCGUGCGAGACAGCAGUCUUGAGAACCUCAUUGACCUGCCGCCAGGCUGGACACAGUCGUACGAUCACAUUGCUAAGCGCGUAUGCUUUGUUAACGAGCAAGGAGACAAGUGGUUUUCUUCCAACGACGAAGAGGGUAAAAUAUACUUUUUCGAAGAAAACAGCAACGAGUCGUCCUGGGCUCUUCCGUCAGUUACUACGGAAAAUCGCGUUAGGACCAUAUCGAAUGGUGAUUGGCCGCAACUUUUUGACGGUAACAUGUGCAUCCUUAAAGAAGGUGUAAUAAACAAAACAAAAAUAACGACCGAAAAUGGCAAAAAGCUACGAAAAGCUUGGAGCACCUCUUACGCUGUAUUGUCGGAAUUAUUUUUGUUGUUUUUCAAAGAUGCUAAAACCUACGCAGCAAUGAAAAUGGACCCAUUAGCUGCAGCUAAACCUGACAUAUCAAUAGACUUAAACGGUGCCUUCAUAGAACCCGGAGAAAAAUUGAGUAAUAGGAAAAACGUUUAUCUCAUUAACACUUUACUUGGACUGCAAGUUCUUAUACAGUGUGACAACGCGUUAGUAAUAGCCGAAUGGUAUCGCGAGAUAUAUGACGCCAUCCAGAGGCUGCCAUUUAGUCAGGAGUAUGGAAGAUUUUCGUCAUCAAGAGAGUAAAAAAAACGAUCAAACGUUAAGAGUAUUGUUUUUUCCAAUUCGUUAUAUAUCUAAAGUCUAAAAUCAUGUUAAUGAAACAAAAAGAAACAAAAAAAGUAUAAUUAAUGUUAUUUGAGUAUUUUUGUAUUACUCAGUAGGA